GAUAGCGCGCAAUCUCAGCGCCACUCUCGCGCAGCGCGGCACCCACAGUCCGCGCCAGUCGCACGCCGCGCACCGCGCCGGCCUCUACCGCGCCGUCCGGAGGUCACUGCAGGUCAUCGGCCACCAAUAGCCCGGCAGUUCGUCCCCCACACUACUCCGCAACGUACGUACAACAUACAGUAGUAACAUAUAGCUGUUAGGUUAGCGCCAUGCAGUCACACACAUUGUUGACGUGCGUGUUUGUUGUGGCGGUGAACGCGGCGACCUUGAACACGCCGAGCAUGACGUCGGUCGACUACAGUAAGGUUCCCAUCAAGGAGAAGCCUUUAUUCCAGCCUCCGCUACAGGAGAUCGCGGAUGUGCUGUCCGUGGGGUUGACCAGCACGUUCGAGACAGUCAGCGUGUCAGUAGCCGACACUCCAGACCUCACCCAGUCGCCGUACAACCUCAUUACACCAGGUCUGACGGGCAAUGCCAAGCUCGUGGAGAUCGGUGGCCCGCCAUACUUGUUGCCGCUGGUGCAGCGCGACAAGGUAUACGACCUGGCGGCACUCGCGCGACACUUCAACAGCGACCCCGCGCUGCUGGCCGGCGCAGGCGCAGGGCCCUGGCCACACAUCGGAGUCAACUGCGAGGGUAUCAUAAAUUUGAGCAUCCACAACGGUUCCGUAGAGCAAGGUACUCGCAUCGUGUCUGUAGAACCAGUGGGGGCGGCCAAGGGCACGAGCGGCUACCUGCAGCGGCGGCUGCCCAACACAGAGACUAGGACCGCGCUGCUGGGGAACUAUUUAUUCAGUGAGGGAAAGCCGGGCAAGGUAAUUAAAGUAGUAGCAAAGAAACGCAUCGGGCCAUCCAACUUCAUUACCGCCAUCAGGGAGACGCUCAAAAACCACUAUGGUGAUGAUAAAAUUGUCGGUCUGGGUGGCUUGUUCAUGCUUCGCGCUGGCAAGGUGAAGUUCCACGUGAUGCCUGACUUCUCCAGCAGUGCGCUGUGCACGGACGCUGACGUGGACAACUGGCUGCACUUCUUCGAGAUGCGCGCGCCCAUCACACACGUCGGCACUCUCGUCACGGGAGACCAUGGCCUGGACCUCCGCGUGCAGCACUUCCACGGGUUCAGUGAGCACGGCGACGGCGGCCACUACCACUACGACACCACGCCCGACGACGUGCACUACGAGGGAUACUUCGCGCUCGCGGCAUCCAUCAUACGCGUGGACGCGCCCGAGGAGACCCACGCAGUGGGCCGAGACUAACCCAAUAUUAUACUAUAGUAGGAACAAGACGAUUCUGGACAAACAAAUGAAAAAUAAUUUUAUAUGUUAUACCUUCAUGGUUGAAAUUCCAAUGUCAGAUGGAUAUUAUAAUUAUUAUGGCAACUGUUCUCCUUUUCCAAACAAACCAAAUGGUCACCUAUUUAAAUAGAUUGUUAUAAAAUAACAUUUUUAUUGCUCAAUAAAUUACUAUUUAUGUAUUGUA